CACUUACAACCGAUACGGCUCUCUGCGCCUCUUGUUGUCUGUUUGUAUAGAUUUCGAUCUUUAACAGCGUUUUGCUUUCACUGUUAAAGGUCUGCGGCUCUGUCGCGGUUUCGGAUUUUUUUUCAGUCUGACUCGGCGCGUGAAUUAAAACGGUUGGUGGUUUGAAAUAUCGGAGAGACGGGAAUACAUAAAGUCUCAAAAUCCUAUCUCUAGUCAUCCCUAAAUUUAGCACAGCUUAUAUAUACAAUAUUUUAGUUUAUCAAAAGUAGAAAACCUAAUUCGCAAAAUAAAUUCGUGUAUAAAUGUCACGGGAGCAAAUCUUAACAAGAUUACGAAUUAAAUAAAUAUUGCCUGCGGUUUGUUUACCUACCUUAUGUAUUCCCAAUUUGAGAGAAAUAAAAAAUGCUGCUCUCCCUGCUUUUGCUUAUUGUGCUGCCAAAUCUUAUCACAAGUGAGGAUGAAAACCUUCCAGCAAAGCCCAACAUAAUAUUUAUUUUAGCCGAUGAUCUGGGCUUCAAUGAUGUGGGAUUUCAUGGCUCGGCAGAGAUUCCCACGCCCAAUAUCGACGCCUUGGCCUAUUCGGGGAUCAUACUGAACCGGUACUAUGUUGCACCCAUUUGUACUCCUUCGAGGUCUGCGCUUAUGACCGGAAAAUACCCGAUACAUACGGGAAUGCAGCACACAGUUCUUUAUGCUGCUGAACCACGGGGUUUGCCUCUGGAAGAGAAGAUACUUCCUCAGUAUUUUAAUGAUUUGGGCUACACCUCCCACAUAGCUGGCAAAUGGCAUCUGGGCCAUUGGAAACUGAAAUACACGCCUCUUUAUCGGGGAUUUAGUAGCCAUGUGGGAUUCUGGUCGGGUCAUCAGGACUACAACGAUCACACAGCCGUGGAGAACAAUCUGUGGGGUCUGGACAUGCGGAAUGGCACGGAAGUGGCUUACGAUCUCCAUGGACAGUACACCACGGACGUGAUAACGGAUCAGUCGGUCAAGGUGAUUGCCAACCAUAACUCCACCAAUGGUCCCUUAUUUCUUUACGUGGCCCAUGCAGCCUGCCACUCGAGUAAUCCGUACAAUCCGCUGCCAGUGCCAGAUAGCGAUGUGAUGAGGAUGGGACACAUUGCCCACUAUAAACGUCGAAAGUUCGCAGCUAUGGUAUCUAAAAUGGACGACUCUGUGGGAAGAAUCGUAGACCAGCUGCGCCAAUCCAAUAUGCUGGAAAACUCAGUCAUAGUGUUCUCAUCGGACAACGGAGGUCCGGCCCAGGGAUUCAACCUGAACUUCGCCUCCAACUACCCGCUGAAGGGUGUGAAGAACACCUUGUGGGAGGGAGGGGUGAGAGCAGCGGGUCUCAUAUGGUCGCCCCUCUUAAAGAAGAGCCAGAGGGUUUCUAACCAGACCAUGCACAUCGUCGACUGGCUGCCCACUCUCCUCGAAGCAGCCGGUGGCCAGGCGGCGUUGGCCAAUCUAAGCCAAGGAAUCGAUGGGCAGAGCAUCUGGCGGUCUCUUGUCCAGGACAGACCUUCACCACGGUUGAAUGUGCUCCAUAAUAUAGAUGACAUUUGGGGCAGUGCCGCUAUAAGUGUGGGGGAUUGGAAGCUGGUCAAGGGCACCAAUUACCGGGGCAGCUGGGAUGGAUGGUAUGGACCAGCUGGGGAACGGAAUCCCUAUCGCUACGACUGGCAAUCGGUGGUGAAAAGCCAAGCGGGCAGAGCUCUGGAGGAUCUCAAGAUGCUUCCCAGUCGCGCGGAACAGCAGAGAUUGCGAGCAGCGGCCACGGUCACUUGUCAGGGAAGAUUCGCUCAAGGAACCAGCUGCAAGGCAACCGCCUUCUCGGCUCCCUGUCUGUUCCACAUUCGCGACGAUCCCUGCGAGCAGUUCAACCUUGCAAAGCAGUAUCCUGAUGUUGUGAUUGCUUUGUUGGCGGAGCUGGAGCGCUUUAAUUCCACUGCAGUGCCUCCCUCGAAUAAGCCUGCCGAUCCUCGAGCCGAUCCCAAAUACUGGAACUAUACUUGGACGAACUUUGGGGACUAUCAGAAUGAAGAUAACGAAUAUGCUAUUGGGGAUCUAAGAUCGACUUUGGCAACAGCAAAGACUGUGUAAAGAAAGGCAGUUAUGUAUUAGAUUAAAUACAUUCCUGGUUUCUAGAGCA